AUUACACAGGCUUCUUUUAACGUUACAAACUUACAAGUUACAUGUAACUAACGACGACGACUACAGAUAGGACUUUAAAACGCUUAUCGAUUUUAAAAUUGUUUCGUCGUGCAGUCACUUUUCAUCGGAUGUGACAAAAUAUGAUCAUCUAUGCACACUGAAUUUCUGUUUCUGUAAAAACUAGCGAGUAGUAUCAGAUCACUCGUCGAAUGGUUAAUUAAAGUGACCGGAUGAUUCUUAAGUUAUAGCGGACGAGGGAAUACUGCAAAAUCUUAACAUGCUUUUUUGGAAUCGGGGAAAUUGUUGGAUUAUUCUGCGGAUUGGAAUUCUUCUGCUCUUGGCCAGCAGCUGGACUGCUGCGCAUGCCCAAGAAAGUGUACCGGAACUUUCAUCCGCAUUCACAAUACAGAGUUCAUCGGCUUCAACUUCAUCCCCUUCCACACCGUCUGUUCCAAACACCCAGAACAACACCACUAACACAUCGGUAUCCGCAGUGCCACUAGAGCCUCCUUCGAGCCCGGCAACCGAUGGAUCAACCACUCCUGCAACAGCCGAACCGACCCCGACCCUUUCCGGAAAUAGUACUGCUAUAAACAACACGGCCACUAGCGAUGGCGUUGUUUCGCUUUCGUCUACUGAGGUUAUAACAACAGAAGCCGCCAGUUUAGCUUCAAGCGAAGGCACGAGCACAGUCGUUCCAACAUCACCGGCUACGAGUGCAACAAGUCCUCUGACCCGUAAUUACUCCAAUACAGUGGCCGUGCCCACAACAAGUUACGAGCAACGCCUGGAGGAUCAGGAUAGAAGGCUCAAAAUUGCCCUUGGUGUCAUAACGCCGGUAACGUUACUUCUGAUUGUCGGAGGAUGUUUUGCGUACUGCCGAAACAAACGGGAGCGCGCAGGUCUGAUCCUCUUGGAUGACGAUGAUCUCAAUAUCACAUGGAGAAGAAAUUCCGGAAGUCAACACGGAGACUAAACACAUGCAGAAACCACCGAUCAUCAUGAUGCAAACGCUUUCUAUCAACACAGUCUUUAUCAGGAAUAUCAUUCAUUUUUCCGUGACACUAAUUGAUAAAGCUUGUAAAUCUCCUUCGAAACCAAAAUCAUAUCGCCGCGUCCAUGUCGAAGUAUUGUUAUCAUUUAUCAAUGAUACAAACAAAACCUGCUGCACUGGAAGUAUAAAAAUUAAAAAUACCGACGGAUUCGCAGUAGGAUCAGAAUGCUUGAUCACAGUGCAUCGUCACAAAGGAGCACAGAACCGCAUUCAACGGAAUGUCUCGGGAUGAGGAAUCGUAAAUUUCCUUCAGACUGUCGUCUUUCGUACAACAUUAAUCGGUCCC